ACAGCGGUUUGUCAACUUGCCGCCUGGUGGGGCGGAUUGGCAGCUAUCCAGAGCAUAUGCCGGCCCAAAAUUGCGAUGAAGUUCAUUGUUUGGUCGCUCGAACUUGUUGCCCUAGUGGGUAUUGGAUGGGCCCUGACGAAUCCUGCCCGGAAUAAUAUGGAGAAGGUAGAGGACGAAACGUAUGCUGCCCAUCGACGUGACGGCGAUGCCAGCGACGCCCCACUGCCUAAGACUUGCUCUGAAUUUUGGUGCAUGGUUGUGCAGGAGAAAUCCAAAUCUAUACUGAUGCUUUGCAACUUCACGGAACAAAACACAAAGAAGUGUGCCGUGUAUUUUCCGAUGCAAGUCGGUCAACGUAUAACGUUCGAUGGCGAUGUACAAGUACUCUGUAAGAAGCAGGAGCAG